AUGGAUGCUGGUCAUACCCAGCUGGGGCACCGACUAUCAUUAUCCGGAGCUGGCCACUUAUCAUUAGAUGAUGUUGAGGCAAUUGACGUUCAGAUUCGAAAUCUAUCCGUCUCCGUCGAUACAUCCCCAUCGAUUUGGGAUCCCGCAACGUACACAGAUUUGCUUGGCAAGACAUUUGGCAAGAAGGUUAACAGCCCGACGACUAAGACUCUUCUUAGUUCCAUCAAUGCCUCUUUAAAGCCUGGUACCUUGACUGCAAUACUUGGUGGUAGUGGCUCUGGAAAGACGACUUUAUUAAACACAAUCGCAGAACGCAUGCGUAGCCCGAGGUUGUCACAAACUGGAAUUACCACAUUCAACGGACAAGAAGGUGUGCACUCGGCUAGGCAUGCAUAUGUGAUGCAACAGGACAUACUGCUUCCUACACUGACAGUACGAGAGACUUUAAGAUAUUCGGCAAAUCUGAGACUACCCCCACCAACCACUGAAGAGGAGCGUAUGCGGAUUGUGGAAGAGGUGAUUCUCGAAUUAGGCCUGAAGGAUUGUGCAGACACGAGAAUUGGAAAUAGUCAACAUCGUGGAUGCAGCGGCGGGGAAAAGCGAAGAACUAGUAUUGGGGUACAGCUCCUCGCCAACCCAUCAAUUCUUUUUCUGGAUGAGCCGACGACUGGAUUGGACGCAACAAGUGCGUAUCAACUGGUAAGAACUCUCAAAGCUUUGGCAAAUAAGGGUCGCACGGUCAUCACAACUAUCCACCAACCACGAUCCGAAAUAUGGGAUCUGUUUGAUAACCUCAUCGUCCUGUCUAAGGGCAGUCCUGUAUAUUCUGGGCCUAUGAAGGAAUGUAUUCCGUGGUUUUCAAAUCUGGGGUUUGAACUGCCUCCUUUCGUUAACCCUGCUGAAUUCGUAAUCGAUCAUGCUGCGAUUGAUAACCGCACACCAGAGCUUGAAGCGGAGAGCACUGUUAGGGUCGAGAGUCUGAUGACAGCUUGGAAAGAGGAGUCGAAGAGGGUAUUCAUGGCUUCCCCCUCCAAGGAUAUCGCUGAGACGGAAAUUAAGCGCAGGAGACCGAAAAUGGAACACCACGCAGGCUUCUUCCGCCAGCUACGUGUAUUGACCGACAGAACGCUAAAGGUCACUUAUCGAGAUCCAAUGGGGAUGGCUGGAUCCAUUAUGGAAGCUAUCCUCAUGGCAAUCAUAACAGGAUACGUCUUCUUUAACCUCGCUAGGGAUCAGCCUGGCAUACGGUCAAGGGAAGCUGCUCUGUAUAUCUCAGUAGGCUUGCAAGGCUACUUGUUCUUGACGUUUGAGAUUUAUCGCCUGACCAUAGAUAUUCCCACCUUCGACCGAGAGCAUAGUGAGGGCUGUGUGACAGCAUUUCCAUUUAUCCUGUCGCGUCGCAUUGCGCGCUGCUUCACCGAAGAUGUUCCCGUACCUUUCUUGUACAGCGUCAUCUACUAUUUCAUGGUGGGGUUCGAUCUCAAUGUGUCCAAGUUUUUCACAUUUUUUUCUAUCCUCCUACUUAAUCACUAUAUCGCCGUGACGCUCGCCGUAGCAUCAGUUGCGGCUGUGAGGAAUUUCCCCGGGGCAAGUUUGAUUGCCAACCUCGCAUACACCUUACAAAGCCUAGCUUGCGGAUAUUUCAUCCAAGCCAAUACAUUACCUGUUUAUGUAAGAUGGACCAAGUAUAUCACAUAUACUUACUAUGCUUUCGGAGCUCUUUGUGGCAAUGAGUUCGAGGGUAGCUUUUAUGAUUGUCCGUUACCUGGCGGUGCAUCGAACCCAGGUUGCCAGCAGUACACUGGGCAGUACAUCAUGGAUAAUCUUGGACUACCUAGGAACUGGGUCGCUCGGCCGAUUAUCGCCAUGGUGGGUUUCGUUCUUCUAUUCUUGCUUGUGUCUUGGAUCGGACUUGCUUUCUUGAAAGUCGAAAUGACAAUUGCGCGAGCACGAGCCUCUGAUACGGACCUUUCAGCUGGAAAAGAGAAGAUGAAUGUGAGAUCAAUACAUGAAGUCCGAGCAAUAGAUGUCGGCCUCGACGAUUUCUCCCUGGCGCUAGACAAGAGAUCUUCAACGGGCAAAAAGCUACCAAGAAAGACUAUCCUCGACCCUGUUACUACGACGUUCCAGGCUGGCAUGCUGAACAUUAUUAUGGGUCCGUCUGGGUCCGGGAAGACGAGCUUGCUAAAUGCUAUGGCGCUUCGUUUACAUAGUACUAUUAGUACUAGGUACAGGUCAUCUGGAAAGCUGACAUUUAACGAUGCUGUCCCAUCCGACUCCGUAAUACGGUCUGUUGUAUCAUAUGUUUGCCAAGAUGAUGACGCUUUACUCCCAUCCCUAACUGUUCGCGAGACACUGCGUUUUGCGGCAGGACUUCGUCUUCCGAGAUGGAUGAGUAAAUCUGAAAAGAAUCAGCGAGCUGAGGAGGUCUUAGUUAAAAUGGGGUUGAAGGACUGCGCUGAUAAUCUAAUCGGCAAUGAACUUGUGAAGGGUAUCUCCGGGGGAGAGAAGCGCCGUGUUAGUAUCGCCGUUCAGAUCUUGACUGAUCCGCGAGUUUUAUUACUCGACGAACCAACAAGCGGGCUGGAUGCUUUCACGGCGAAUAGUAUUUUGGAAGUUCUUCGAGGCCUAGCUAACGAAGGGCGUACGUUGAUUCUAACAAUUCAUCAAGCCAGAUCAGAUAUAUUUGUUCACUUUGGGAAUAUACUCUUAUUAGCCAGGGGUGGCCGUCUUGCUUACUCGGGCUCUGCUAAAGAUAUGCUGCCUUAUUUUGGCGGGCUUGGGUAUCAUUGCCCUCAACAUACUAACCCAGCGGAUUUCGCACUUGAUCUUAUCACCAUAGAUCUUCAAGAGGCACACCGAGAAGCCGAGAGUCGAGAGAAAGUUCGACGUCUUGUCGAGUCAUGGGCUGAAUCCAUGCAGUCGCCGCCGAGAGCACCAUUAGUUACUCGUCAAAUAUCACACAUCGACGAGACCGAGAGCAUCAAAGCUAAUUCGGCGAAUGAAAAAGAGACGGCUCCUGAUCAUCCAGGGAUUAAUGCGCUCGAGAAACAAUAUUCCAACCCAAUACCGCGUCGGUCGCUGCACAAAGCUGCCCUAGCAACACCGGCGGAACUUGGCGCACUUGUCCACAAACGUGCCUCUUUCUUGACAGCGUUUCCGCUCUUACUACAUCGCGCAACGAUCAACUUUCGUCGACAGCCACCUCUCAUUUUGGCACGCAUCAUGCAAGUCGUUGGAUUGGGGGUCGUCCUAGCGUUGUUUUUCUCGCCACUGCACAAUGAUUACUUCAGUGUGCAGAACCGCGUAGGUUUUGUGCAAGAAGUAGGCGCCUUCUAUUUUGUUGGAAUGCUCCAAAACGUGGCAGUAUAUCCGGCAGAAAGGGAAGUGUUUUAUCGGGAAGACGACGAUGGCGUGUACAGCGUUGAGGCUUUCCUCUCCACCUAUACGCUCCUCGAGUUACCCUUUGAGCUCUUCUCUUGUCUGAUUUUUGGCAUCCUGGCUGAUUUCGCGGUGGGGUUCCCACACACAGCCGAGAUGUACUUCGUCUAUGUCUUCUGCUGCUUCGGGAUUGUAUCAUGCGGUGAGAGUUUGGGUAUUAUAUUCAAUACGCUCUUCAACCACACUGGAUUUGCAGUCAAUAUCAUAUCGAUCUUGUUAUCGGUGGCGCAGAUUAUGGCAGGGAUUAUGUCGAUCAAUAUGCCCGAGCUGUUCAAGGCCUUCAACUACAUCAGUCCGCUCAAGUAUGCGACGGCGGCCUUGGCUGCGUUCUCUCUCCGUGACAUCAAGUUCACAUGUAACGACGAGCAAAGACUUUCUAGUGGGCAGUGCAUCAUCGAGACGGGCGAGCAGGUGCUUGAUCUGUACAAGCUGAAUGUGGAUCCGAUAGUCAACAUCGGCGCAUUGGCAGCAACGAUUGUGGUAUAUAGGCUAAUUGCGUGGAUUCUUUUGCGGCUGACUAGAACGAGGUGGCGGAGCGUUGUAGAGAAGACGAGAAAGUCUUGA